AUGGCAGAAGAUGAGCCUGAUAUUAAGAGCCCAAAGACUGGGAGUAGGGCCCCCCCAGGAAACUCAGAGGCAGGUGAACCCACCACCCUUCUUCAGAAGCUCAGAGGUACCAUUUCCAAGGCGGUGCAGGCCAAAGUGGAGGGAAUUCUGCAAGAUGUACAGAAAUUCUCAGACAAUGACAAGCUGUAUCUCUACCUUCAGCUCCCCUCAGGGCCCAGUACUGGAGACAAAAGCUCAGAACCAAGUACACUCAGCAAUGAAGAGUACAUGUAUGCCUGUAGGUGGAUCCGCAAUCACCUGGAAGAACACACAGACACCUGUCUGCCAAAGCAAAGUGUUUAUGAUGCCUAUCGGAAGUACUGUGAGAGCCUUGCCUGUUGCCGCCCACUCAGUACAGCCAACUUUGGCAAAAUCAUCAGAGAGAUUUUCCCUGACAUCAAGGCACGAAGGCUGGGUGGCCGGGGUCAGUCCAAAUAUUGCUACAGUGGCAUACGAAGAAAGACUUUGGUAUCUAUGCCACCCCUGCCUGGACUUGACCUGAAGGGUUCUGAGAGUCCAGAAAUGGGUCCAGAAGUAACCCCAGCUCCUCGGGAUGAACUGGUAGAGGCAGCCUGUGCCCUGACCUGUGACUGGGCAGAGCGAAUCCUGAAACGAUCUUUCAGUUCCAUCGUAGAAGUUGCCCGCUUUCUACUACAGCAGCAUCUCAUCUCGGCCAGAUCUGCACAUGCCCAUGUGCUCAAGGCCAUGGGGCCUGCUGAAGAGGAUGAACAUGCCCCUCGGGAGCGGUCAUCUAAAUCCAAGAAUGGUGUAGAGAAUUUGGAAGGUGGAACUCAUAAGAAAUCAGAGAGACCAGCCCAGCCUCCUAAGGAGCUAGAACCCCGGGCUGGGGCUGGCUCCUUGGCACGUGGAGAGCGGAAGAAGAAUGUAGUUGAGACCAGAGCCCCAGCAGCUAAUAACCCACAGGUUAAUGCCCUGGUAGCUAGGUUACCUGUGCUACUCCCCAGGACCCCUCGCCCACAUAUUCAGCCAAUCAGAGUCUCUCCACCUAUCCUGGCCCCUAGGCUUUCUUCAGGCCCCUUAAAAGUGGCUACCCUGCCUCUACCCAGUAGGGCUGGAGGACCUCAGGCAGCUGUGCCCAUUAUUAAUAUGAUUUUACCAACUGUUCCUGCUUUGCCUGGGCGGGCUGCACCUCUGGGUCUCACUCAGCCCCGGUGCACAGAGAACAGGGAGGUGGGCAUAGGAGGUAACCCAGGACCCGUGGACAAGGGCAUCAAGAGGACAGCUGAAGUACCUGUGAGCGAGGCCAGUGGACAAGACUUACUAGCUAAGACAAUAAAGCAGGAGAUAGAGGAUACAGGAGCUGAUGCCAAAAGGAAACGGGGACGCCCUCGAAAAAAAUCAGGUGGAAGCAAAGAAAGGAAUUCUACCCCUGAGAAGUCUACAGCCACCAUAGACUCUUCCCAGUCCUCAAAAUUACCAUGGGGCCCUGGAGGGGAAAGCAACACAGCCGGAAGGUUAGACAGGCCGAGACAAACAGGAGAGGCUGAAAAGGGAACAGUGCUUGUCCAGGGUCAGGAAGAUGGUGCUAUUUCCAAAGGGGCAAGGGGCUCCAGUUCUCGGCAUGCCAAAGAAACAGAAGAUAAGAUUCUUUUCACCCCUAAAGUGAGUGUCAUCAAGGGCAGUAGAAGCCAGAAGGAAGCUCUUCAUUUGGUCAAAGAAGAAACAGAGACUGCAACACAGAGUAACAAAGAUUUAAAAGGGCAUGUUCCUCAAAGUUCUGUACCCUGUGAGCAUAAGGACUCCAAAGCAACACCCCCAUGA